GCCCUGGGAGGUGUGGAGAGGGAGUCUUGGGGGUCUUGUGGGGUGGGGCCCCCAUCCUCUGAUGGGCUCUUGUUCCUGCCAGGCAUCCCCAAGCCCCUCGCCGAGCUGGAGCCUGAGCCGGAAAUAGAGGGGCUGCUGGCCCCAGUGCUGGAGGCUGGCGAUGCUGAUGAGGGCGCGGUCGCUCGACCCCUCAGCCCCACGCGGCUGCAGCCAGCGCUGCCGCCCGAGGCGCAGUCGGUGCCCGAGCUGGAGGAGGUGGCCAGGGUGCUGGCGGAGAUCCCUCGGCCCCUCAAGCGCAGGGGCUCCAUGGAGCAGAGCCCCGCCAUGGCCCUGCCCCCCACCCACAAGAAGCAGUACCAGCAGAUCAUCAGCCGCCUCUUCCAUCGCCACGGCGGGCCGGGGCCCGGGGGGCCUGAACCAGACCUGGCCCCCAUCACCGAGGGCUCUGAGGCCAGGGCAGGGCCGCCGGCUCCUGCUCCCCCGGCUCCCCUCCCGCCCCCAGCCCCGACCCAGAGCAGCCUGCCUGAGCAGCUGCAGAGUGUGGAGAUGCGCUCGGUGCUGCGGAAGGCGGGCUCCCCGCGCAAGGCCCGGCGCGCGCGCCUCAACCCGCUGGUGCUGCUGCUGGACGCGGCGCUGACCGGAGAGCUGGAGGUGGUGCAGCAGGCGGUGAAGGAGGUGAGGGUGCCGCGCGGGGGCGGGAGGACCGUAAUAGGAGCCAAAUCCUGGGGCCUGUCCCUGUCCCCAGCGUGGCCUGUGUUCCUGGGUCUCCUGAGCUGGGUCCUCACUAUCCCACUGUGGCAUGUUUCAGACGUGGAACAGAGUAUGGGGCUGAUGCACAACGGGGCGGUGUAUGCGCUCUGGGACUACAGCGCUGAGUUCGGGGAUGAGCUGUCCUUCCGCGAGGGCGAGUCGGUCACCGUGCUGCGGAGGGACGGCCCGGAGGAGACCGACUGGUGGUGGGCUGCGCUGCACGGCCAGGAGGGCUACGUGCCCCGUAACUACUUCGGACUCUUCCCCAGGGUGAAGCCUCAAAGGAAUAAAGUCUAGCAGAAUAAAAGGACAUUCCCGAGGAAGACGGGAGCCAGCAGCCCUGCCUUCACCGGGACCUUCCCAUCGUCUCCUGCUGGCUCUUUACCUGUGCCCCUAGUCCUGUGGAGUGUGGUCCUCACCACCGGCUCUCUGCUCUCCUGGAAGCCCAGGGAAGAAGGAGAACCCCAGCCUCCAGUUUAGGGAUCUGCCUUUGCCUUGG